CUUCGAGGUCGUCCUCGGCGAGCAGCCAGGAGGGGAGAAACGUGAGCUCCAGCAACAGGUUCCACCCCCAGCCUGAACUUGGAGGGGACCCGGCCAGGCGACCGGAGCCGGGGGUGGGCCGCGGCAGCGGCGACAGUGCACGACCACGGAGCGGGCGUCACGCAGGCCCCCACGUGGGCUUGUGUCUGUGCGCGGGGGGGCUCCUCCCCGGUCACUCGGGGACUUCUGCGGGCGUUAGGGGGCGCCGAGCCGCGCUGGCGGUGCGGGGAGGCGCGGCGGGGACGAGCCCGCGGAGAGGGCUUGGGGCGCGCCCAGGAAAUGCGAGCUUCGCGGGGAAGCCACCCCCUGCCCGGGGCGCCGCCCCUGCCGCCGGGCCGGCUCUGCGCGCGGGCGGCCGCGCCCCCUCCCUCAGGCCUCCGCCCGGGCCUCCGCCGAGAUCCCCCCUCAGCCCGCAGCCGCGGGGCCGGGGCGAGCGGACGGCGCCGCGCCCGGCAGCCUCUGGGCAUGCUCGGUGGCGGGACCAGCUCCGCCGGGCGGGCGCGCCCUCCUCCCCCGGGCCGGCGGGGCACCCGCCCGGCGGAGCCGAGAGCCUUCCGGCGGGCGGCGGAGGGGCGGGCGGGGGCGCAGCGAGCCCUGCGAGCCGCGGCGGGGCCUCAGGAAGUCAGGCUCGGCACGCCCGCGAGCCGGCUCCCGCCGCCGGGGGCGGGCGGGCGGGCGGGGGGUGGUCUCGGCGCCGCGAGCGAGGGGCGAAAUUAGUAGCCGCCCACCCUCCCGUCGGUCCCCGCCCCCAGAGAAUUAGAAUUCUCCGGGAAAGUGUCUGGUUCCCGGAGAAUCCUUGGGGCGGGGUGCAGGGGCGCGCCCGGCGCAAAAUGGUUAAAACAAAGUCCACGCGCGCCCCGGGGCCCCGCGUCUGGAAAGUGUGCGCGCUGGUGGCUGGCCCCCCCCUUGCUAAUUUGAGGGAUUACCGAGAGGAUGGGAUGGAUCUAGGCAGUGACGCCGGCAGCAGCAGCAGCAGCAGUAGCCGCGCCAGUUCGCAGUCCAACUCCACCAAAGUGACCCCUUGCUCCGAGUGCAAAUCCUCGUCGUCGCCGGGGGGCAGCCUGGACUUGGUGUCUGCCCUGGAGGACUAUGAGGAGCCCUUCCCGGUCUACCAGAAGAAGGUGAUUGAUGAGUGGGCGCCGGAGGAGGACGAAGAGGAGGAGGAGGACGACGGCGACGACCCUGACCGGCGAGGGUACCGGGAUGACCGCUGUCCGGCCCGGGAGCCGGGGGACGUGAGCGCCAGGACCUGCAGCGGCGGCGGCGGCGGCGGGGGCAGGAGCGCCACCGCCGCCAUGCCACCCCCGGUGCCCAACGGCAACCUCCACCCGCACGACCCCCAGGACCUCAGGCACAAUGGCAACGUGGUGGUGGCCGGCCGGCCGAGCAGUUCCCGGGGCCCCCGCCGGGCGACCCAGAAGCCCCAGCCGGCAGGGGGCCGGCGCGGCGGCCCAGGCCCGGCAGCGGGGGGCCUCUGCCUCCAGCCCACGGACGGCGGGACGUGCGUCCCAGAGGAGCCCCCGGUGCCUCCUAUGGACUGGGAGGCGCUAGAGAAGCAUCUGGCUGGACUGCAGUUCCGGGAGCAGGAGGUGCGGAACCAGGGCCAGGCAAGGACCAACUCCACCUCCGCACAGAAAAAUGAGCGAGAAUCGAUCCGACAGAAGCUGGCCCUCGGCAGCUUCUUUGAUGACGGGCCCGGGCUUUACACCAGCUGCAGCAGGAGCGGGAAGCCCAGCCUCUCCUCUCGCCUGCAGAGCGGGAUGAACCUCCAGAUAUGCUUCGUCAACGACAGCGGCAGCGAUAAGGACAGCGACGCCGACGACAGCAAGACCGAAACCAGCGUGGACACCCCCUUGUCUCCCAUGAGCAAACAGAGUUCUUCCUAUUCUGAUAGAGACACUACUGAAGAGGAGUCUGAAUCCCUGGAUGACAUGGAUUUCCUCACGAGGCAAAAGAAACUGCAAGCCGAAGCCAAAAUGGCCCUCGCCAUGGCCAAACCAAUGGCCAAAAUGCAAGUAGAAGUGGAAAAACAGAACAGGAAAAAGUCUCCCGUCGCUGAUCUCCUGCCACACAUGCCUCACAUAAGUGAAUGCCUGAUGAAAAGAAGUUUGAAGCCCGCUGACCUGAGAGACAUGACUGUUGGGCAGCUACAAGUGAUAGUCAACGACCUCCAUUCCCAGAUAGAAAGCUUGAAUGAAGAGUUGGUCCAGCUGCUUCUCAUUCGAGAUGAGCUGCACACAGAGCAGGAUGCCAUGCUGGUGGACAUCGAGGACUUGACCAGACAUGCCGAAAGUCAACAGAAGCACAUGGCAGAGAAAAUGCCUGCAAAGUGAGCAGAAGCCAUCCACCCAGAUGACGAGCUAGAAUUUAUUUUGCUUCUGUGGUUGUAAAAAUGCUGUUGCUGAAGGUGGCGCAGAGACAAACAUCAGUGUUAGUCAUUGAUCAUGUCUGAAGCUUAACGUCCAGUGAUCGGCCUUUGCUUCUUAAUUUAUUUUAAUUUUUUUACUGUGCCACUGAAUAUCAGGCAUUUUAAUAAAAUAUUGUUACAAAAAAUGUACAGUACUUACACCAUCACAAAUCAUGGUUAAUGAAAGAAGGUAGUUUUAACUUUAUUUUUAUUGGUUUAGAGCUUUUAAGUUGGAGCAGUAUUUGACCGUUGGCUCCUUUCCUUCUUCCCUGUAGUUUGAAGAACUGUAAAUGACGGUGCUAUACAAGUCCAGCAUACAUGCCUGCCUCGUAGUGAAGUUGUAGCUCUCCGUAAUUGAUAUAUUUUAAUCAGUCUUCAACAUUUUGUGAAUGUUGACUACCUGAAGUUCAUUUUUAGAUGUGCUAUUAACAUUCUGUUGGAUUCAGAGGGUUCUUUGAACGUUUUAUGUAUAAAUAUGUAAAAUAAAAAUUAAAACUUUGUUUCAUAUGA